AUGGAAACACACCCACACCUUCCCUCCGGCCAGCUCCUGUCACCCCGGUCCGGCAGCAGCAGGACGGUGACCCUCCAUCCCUGCUUCCAUCGCUGCCUCCCUUCACCUGGACCAGCACGGCCACCACCGUGUGCCAAACACGGCCACCACUGUGUCACAAACACAGCCACCACUGUGUGUCCGCAGAACCACCACCGUGUGCCAAACACAGCCACCACCGUGUGCCAAACACAGCCACCACCGUGUGCCCACAGAGCCACCUCCGUGUGCCAAACACAGCCACCACCGUGUGCCCGCAGAGCCACCUCCGUGUGCCUGCACAGCCACCACCGUGUGCCAAACACGGCCACCACCGUGUGCCAGAGCACAGCCACCACCGUGUGCCAAACACGGCCACCACCGUGUGCCAAACACAGCCACCACCGUGUGCCAAACACGGCCACCACCGUGUGCCAGAGCACAGCCACCACCAUGUGCCAAACACGGCCACCACCGUGUGCCAAACACGGCCACCACCGUGUGCCAGAGCACAGCCACCACCAUGUGCCAAACACAGCCACCACAGUGUGCCAGGGCACAGCCACCACCGUGUGCCAAACACAGCCACCACCGUGUGCCAAACACGGCCACCAUCGUGUGCCCACACAGCCACCACCGUGUGCCAAACACNACCUUCCCUCCGGCCAGCUCCUGUCACCCCGGUCCGGCAGCAGCAGGACGGUGACCCUCCAUCCCUGCUUCCAUCGCUGCCUCCCUUCACCUGGAUCAGCACGGCCACUACCGUGUGCCCGCAGAGCCACCACCAUGUGCCAAACACGGCCACCACCGUGUGCCAAACACGGCCACCACUGUGUCACAAACACAGCCACCACCGUGUGCCCACAGAGCCACCUCCGUGUGCCUGCACAGCCACCACCGUGUGCCAAACACAGCCACCACCAUGUGCCAAACACGGCCACCACCGUGUGCAAAGCACAGCCACCACCGUGUGCCAAACACGGCCACCACCAUGUGCCAGAGCACAGCCACCACCGUGUCACAAACACAGCCACCACCGUGUCACAGGGCACAGACAGCACCGUGUGUCAAACAGCCACCAUCGUGUGCCCACACAGCCACCACCGUGUGCCAAACACGACCACCACCGUGUGCCAAACACAGCCACCACUGUGUCCCAAAAACAGCCACCACCGUGUGCCAAACACAGCCACCACCGUGUGCCAAGCACAGCCACCAAUGUGUCCCAAACACAGCCACCACCAUGUCCCAAAAUCAGCCACCACUGCGUCCCAGAGCCCGGGGAACCCUCUCCCCGCUGCUCUCGGCCGCCCCUGCCCCACGCUCUUCCUGCGCCCAGCCCCAGAAUCGUUGUUCCUCCACCACAACAAAGAAAGGCGCAGCCGUGUGCCCUCCUCCASGCACCUUUCCCCUUCCUGCCGCUCACAGCCCCAGUCACAGGCGUGUGAGGCCACCCUGAGCGAGUGA